AAACGGUGCUGGUUGCAGGUGAGUGGUGUCGAGUAAGAUUCCGAGUGUCUCCGCGACAGCGAGUGGGAAACGGAAGGCGGAAUCUAGUGCUCCGGGAAGAGACGUUCCAACUUCUGCUUUCUCUCCCGCUUGAGUGGUGCCCCCACGUUACACCAUGGGCAAAAAGAGCAAAGUCGGGAAGAGCCGGCGGGACAAGUUCUAUCACUUAGCGAAGGAGACCGGUUACCGGUCCCGCUCUGCUUUCAAGCUGAUCCAGCUGAAUCGCCGCUUUCAAUUUCUGCAAAAAGCCCGAGCAUUGCUGGACCUGUGCGCUGCACCGGGUGGAUGGCUGCAAGUAGCUGCCAAGUUUAUGCCUGUAUCCAGCCUUAUUGUGGGAGUGGAUCUGGUCCCAAUCAAGCCUCUUCCCAAUGUGGUGACCCUCCAGGAGGACAUCACAACAGAACGCUGUAGGCAGGCCCUGAGGAAGGAGCUGAAAACCUGGAAGGUUGAUGUUGUGCUCAAUGAUGGGGCCCCCAAUGUCGGGGCUAGCUGGGCCCAUGAUGCUUACUCACAAGCCCAUUUGACGCUGAUGGCUCUGCGUUUGGCUUGUGACUUUCUGGGCCGUGGUGGCUGCUUCAUCACAAAGGUUUUCCGUUCCCGUGACUAUCAGCCCUUACUGUGGAUCUUCCAGCAGCUCUUCCGCCGCGUCCAGGCCACCAAGCCCCAAGCCUCUCGUCAUGAAUCUGCGGAGAUCUUUGUAGUCUGCCAGGGUUUCCUGGCUCCUGACAAGGUUGACAGUAAAUUCUUUGACCCCAAGUUUGCCUUCAAGGAAGUUGAAGUUCAGGCCAAGACUGUUACAGAAUUGGUGACUAAGAAGAAGCCAAAGGCUGAAGGCUACGCUGAGGGCGACCUCACUCUCUAUCACCGAACCUCUGUCACUGACUUCCUCCGAGCUGCCAACCCUGUUGACUUCCUCUCCAAAGCCAGUGAAAUCUCACUAGACGACGACGAGCUGGCCCAGCAUCCAGCCACCACCGAGGAUAUUCGGGUGUGCUGUCAGGACAUCAAAGUGCUGGGGCGCAAGGAGCUCAGGUCCCUGCUGAACUGGAGAACGAAGCUUCGGCGAUACGUGGCCAAGAAGCUGAAAGAGCAAGCAAAGGCACUGGACAUCAGCCUCAGCUCCGGGGAGGAAGAGGAAGGAGAGGAGGAGGAGUCUGCAGCCGGGACUGGGCUGCAGCCGUCUCAGGAGGAGGAGGAGGAGGAGCAGCUGAACCGGACCCUGGCAGAGAUGAAGGCCCAGGAGGUGGCAGAAUUAAAGAGGAAGAAGAAGAAGCUGCUGCGCGAGCAGAGGAAGCAGCGGGAGCGCGUGGAGCUGAAGAUGGAUCUUCCCGGGGUUUCCAUCGCAGACGAGGGAGAGACUGGCAUGUUCUCCCUGCGUACCAUCCGGGGUCACCAGUUGUUAGAGGAGGUAACGCAGGGGGACAUGAGUGCUGCAGACACAUUUUUGUCCGACCUGCCAAGAGAUGACAUCUAUAUAUCAGAUGGUGAGGAUGACGACGACGCAUCUCUGGAUAGUGACCUCGAUCCAGAGGAGCUGGCAGGAGUCAAAGAACCUCAGAGUCUAAAGGACCAAAAGUGUGUACGAUUUGCUGAAGUGGAAGAUGAUAAAGAGGAGGAAGAGGAGAAUCCACUGUUGGUACCACUGGAGGAAAAGGCGGUGCUGCAGGAAGAGCAGGCCAGCCUGUGGUUCUCCAAGGACGGCUUCAGUGGGAUUGAGGACGACGCCGAUGAGGCCCUGGAGAUCAGUCAGGCCCAGCUGUUGUUUGAGAGCCGUCGCAAGGGGCAGCAGCUGCCACCACCGCCUUCCAAUGAGGAGACCAAAAACAAGCCUCCCCCGUGCCAGGGUGAGGCCCCUAAGGGAGCGGGGGCUCCUAAGGGGUCAGAGGUCGCCCUUGGGCCUGGAGAGGAAGAGCGCGAUGGCAGCUCCGACAGUGACACCAGCAGCGAGGACGAGAGCUGGAAAUCACAGCGUGGGAAGAAGCGAGGCCGUGGGCCUAAGUCAGAGGACGAUCAUGGGUUUGAGGUGGUGCCUAUCGAGGACCCAGUGAAACAUCGGAUCCUAGACCCUGAAGGCCUUGCUCUAGGUGCAGUUAUUGCUUCUUCCAAAAAAGCUAAGAGAGACCUCAUAGAUGACUCCUUCAGCCGGUACACGUUCAAUGAGGACGAAGGGGAGCUUCCAGACUGGUUUGUGCAGGAGGAAAAGCAGCACAGGAUACGACAGUUGCCCGUCGAUAAGAAGGAAGUGGAACACUACCGGAAACGCUGGCGCGAAAUCAAUGCACGGCCCAUCAAGAAAGUGGCCGAGGCCAAGGCCAGAAAGAAACGGAGGAUGCUCAAGAAGCUGGAGCAGACUAAGAAGAAGGCAGAAGCUGUGGUUAACACGGUGGACAUCUCAGAACGGGAGAAAGUGGCGCAGCUUCGAAGUCUCUAUAAGAAAGCCGGGCUUGGAAAAGAGAAACGCCAAGUCACCUAUGUUGUAGCCAAAAAAGGUGUGGGCCGCAAAGUGCGCCGGCCAGCUGGGGUCAGAGGUCACUUCAAGGUGGUGGAUUCGAGGAUGAAGAAGGACCAAAGAGCACAGCAGAGGAAGGAGCAGAAGAAAAAGCACAAGCGAAAGUGAGCGGGGCCGCCGGGCCUGAGGGCCUGCGCGAGGGUGAGCACGGCUCAGGGCCCCUUCCGGCCCCCUGGCGCCAGUCCUGCCCUUGCCUGAGGGACUGCAUGAGGGUGAGCAGGGCUCAGGGCCCCUUCUGGCCCCCUGGUGCCAGCCCUGCCCUUGCCUGAGGGACUGUGUGAGGGUGAGCAGGGGCUCAGGUCCCCUUCUGGCCUCCUGGUGCCAGCCCUGCCCUUGCCUGCCUCAGUCUUUAAAGACAGGUCCCAGCUACCUGCACUCUUGUGGUCCUGUGCACUGAGGGGGCAUCAUACUGACCGACUGGAAGAAAGGGCUCCCAUCAAAGCCCCACUAAAAACGCCGUCGCCUCUAUCAGAGCCCACAACCCUUCUGUGAAGGAUGUGGGGCACUGGGCAAGGAGUCUUACCACUUCUGAAUCAUAAGGGAAGCUCCACACCACAGUGGCAGUCACUGCAGCCUAUGCCUGGGCAAGUGGCUCUCAAGCUUUCCCCCAUUAUCAUCUGAAUAAAACCAGGAGGAACACACUUGUAUGUUCCAACUCAUGGUGAAGUAGAAAUGAUGAGCAAUCCACAGGUCCCAGUAGUAAAACAUUUACUAGAGCAAGCAGAAGGGAAUGCACAUCUUAAAGAAACCCUCACAAAGUCACAAAAUUUGAAGUAUGUAUAUUUCUUUUCCUUUUAUAAACAAGAUAGAACAAAAAUCAUCAAAAUCAUUUCAGCAAAAGAUUUUUCUACCAUU